AUGUUCCAAAUCAAUGAGAUGGCGAAGAUGCUGGACACGGUUGCGGCUCAUAUGAUCGACAGGACCAGGUUCAACAUUGGACAGCUCGUCGAUCUUGUCAACCGCAACUUCCACACUUUGCGCAAUCCUCACGGCGUGGAGUGCUUCAUCAACCGCCACGGCCUGAAGAGGACUGCUCGCGACAUGGCGAGGGCCAAGAGGGCCAGGGACGCAAGAAGAAGAAUGCCGCCGCGGCCGCAGUCGCCAACAACACCACCUCUUCCGGAGCCCUCCGCACCACUAUCCCCCGGGUUACACCCCUGCCGUCGACGCGCGCAUGCCCGACUCGGCGACUACCAUACGCACCACGCCUACGCGGCCCCGCAAGCAGAAGCCGAGCGCCAGGUCGCUCAGAUGCGCGCCGUCGCGGUCGCCCAGUUCCAAGACAGCAUCAACAACGUGCAUGCUGCUACUGAGGCGGUGCUAGAGCUGGGCGGGGUUUAA